CGUUUAGCGUAGUCAGGGUUUCUAAAUCACGGUGACACCGCGACCUCACUCUCAGGCCAAUCUCUCCUCUCUGUGACUCCGUCUCUCUCUCUUCUGUCGCCGUGCGGCCGUCCCCGGAACCCCCCUAUCGCGACCGCACUCGGCCCCACUCAGACCCGUCUCUCCCUUCUUACUCUCUCUCUCUUCUCCAGCCGUGCGGCCUUCCAUUUACGCUUUCGCAGGUCCUAGAACUGCCCCUGCCCCUGCCCCUCGCCGUCGGCCACCACUGCCCCUCGCAGCCGGUUCCAUCUCCCCUAUCGGUUUCUUCUCUCUGUAGAUUCCCUAGGCGUCCCCGUCGGUUCCUACUUCAGUCAACCCACGAAGGGAUAUAGAUAAAGACUUUAUAUGGCUUACAUGCAAUAUGGAAGAAAUGCUCUUCGGAAGAUUAUUACAGACACUACCCUACAGAGGUCUGAUCGUAUGCUGAAUCCAUUGCUAUAUGCUUCUCAAGGGCUUCGAUAUAGGAAGUUGGAAGUCAUUCUAACAACGAGCAUAGGGAAGCUUGGGAAAGCAGGGGAGACAGUGAAAGUUGCUCCGGGAUAUUUCCGCAACCACCUUAUGCCUAAGUUGCUGGCAGUCCCAAAUAUUGAGAAAUAUGCUUUUCUUGUCAGGGAACAGCGCAAGAUCUACCAACCUGAGGAGGAGGAAGAGGAAGUUAAAGUGGUUAAAGAGUCUAAGGAAGAUAAGAUGAAAGAAUACGAGAAGGCUGCAAGACGUCUAGAUAAAUCUAAACUGGUAUUGCGGAGAUUGAUCAAUGUUGAUAAAUUUCGUUCGCGUGCCACAAAAGACGAGCCUAUAGAAUUGCGUUCCCCUGUAACAAAGGAUGAUAUCAUAGCUGAGGUGGAAAGGCAGCUUUCUGUGCGAAUUGGGCCUGAAAACCUGCAUCUACCUUCUCCUUUGACUACUUUUGGUGAGUUUGAGGUGCCACUACGCUUGCCGAAGUCUAUCCCAUUGCCGGAGGGGAAGGUUCAGUGGACUCUAGAUGUUAAAAUCCGGGGAAAGGGUAAAUAGGAUCAAAUUUUGGCAAGUAUGUGAUUAAUCGUUGUGGUGGUCAAGCUUUGAAUUUGAAAAGACAGUCCAAAAGUUGAUAUGUGAUCAUGACAGAGGCCCUUUUUUUCCUCAGUUGCGAGUUCUGCUGCCAAAUGAUAAAACAAUGUUCUCUGAUUAUUUUUUCGGUCCCAUUGGAAUCUUUAAAGAGUAAUAGAGCAUUGAUUUUGAACGGGAAAGGCUUAUUUUGAAA